AUGUUAACAAAUCAUGAGUGGAUAUUACUUCAAAAUUUGAUUUCAAUAUUAGGUUUAUUUGAAGAAACAAUACAAUAUCUUGGUAGUAGUAAUUAUACUACAUAUAGUAUACUAAAUCCUAUAAUGAUACAUAUUAUUAAUAAACUCAAACCUAUAUCAAACCUAUCAAAAGAAAUUAAUAUUGAAAGUAUCAAGGAUAUUUUUUCAGAACUUGAAAUUUGUGAUGAUGAAAAUAAUCUAGAUAAACCUAUGCAAAUAUUUGGAGUUUUAGGAAAAGUUAAAGAAACAUUAUAUCAUGCAAUACAAUUUUAUUAG